GUCAGGACUGCCUGUCAGAUACUGUGAAUCUAGGCUCAAGGGGUCUCUCACCACCCCGCUACAUUUCUCUUGCUCCCUCCCCUGCUGGAUUCGCUGCCCAUCAAUGCGAUUCGGUUUGCACACAUAAAUCCACACCAUGGACUCGUGGGCAGCUUCAAGAUACUGUUGGUUGCUUUUCUUCUUCUUUCCUUCUGCAGCGAAAGAGAACCUGGAAGCACCAUCUUUCCAGUCAGAAAUCCUAUAUCAGUACCGGUACUCACUGGAUGGCCAGCUAAGCUAUCUAUCAAGGUCGUCUUUGCAGGGAAGCAAGCUCCAGGUUGAAGCUUUGGUUGAUGUUCACCUCUUGUGGAGAAAUCCCUACGAUGCAGGGGAGCAGCUUCUUCAAAUCCAAAUCCAUGACCUGCAAGUCCAUCAAGAUCAGGAACAAAGGAAGAGUCAGACUAUUAACGAUGAUCAAUCUGCAAAAAGAUCAAUGAACACCACAGAAUUACAGCAGCCCAUUUUCCUCCAUUGGAAUAAUGGGAAGGUUGAAGGCAUCUAUGGAGACAAAGCAGGAAGCCCUUUAACUUUGGACCUGAAGCGAGGCCUUGUCAGCCUUCUCCAGUUUCAGACCCAUUCUGGAACAGUGACAGAGGAUGACAUUUCUGGGAGCUGUCAAGUUACCUACAGAGUCUCUAAGGAUUCUGUUCUGAAGAUAAAAGACCUCCAAGGCUGCAUAAGACCAGCAUUUGGAUUCAGUACUGUUAACAAAAUUUUUGGAGUUCAGUGGCACCCCUUAAGUAAAAGCCUUUACUCUAUGGAAGGACAUCUCAUCAAGUCAGCAUUGUCUGAGGAAAGUCACGCAAUCUCUCUAACCCUGAAGUCUUCUUUGGGAGUCAAUAUCACCUCCAGGCAACAUCUGGAACUUGUGACUCAAGUGCCUGGAUCAAAAGAAUUACCUGGAAAGAGUCCUCAGGAAGCCCUGGCUGCUGUGCUGAGAAAACCUCAACCCAUUAAUAUAGCAAGUGAUCCUUCCAUGAGGACCUGCACUCAGUGCCCAACACUCAGAACCUAUUUGAAAACACUUGCUAAAAAGAAGCUCAAAAUGGACGUCUCCAAGGCAUCAACAACUUGGCAUUUUUGCAAGGUUGUCCAGAUGCUGCGUGAUGCCAAGAAAAAAGAUAUUCUGCUGUUGUUGAAGAAAGUACAAGAGGAUAGGCUCCCCUUCUAUAUUGAAGCUGCAGUAGCUGCCCAUUCUACAGCUUCCUUCAUGGCAUUGUCUGAAUUUCUGGAUUUUGGAAACACAAAGCAAGCCCCCUUGUUGGAGAAGUUUCUCUACGCUGCAGCCUUCUCCCCUCAUCCUUCAAAGGAGCUUUUGCGAUUGGUGCAAGAUAAGCUGAAUGGAAAGAAACUAGACCCAGCCAUCUGGGAAACAGGAAAUAUUGUCAUCGGCAGCCUGAUUGGCAAGCUGUGUCAGAUGAAACUGUGUGGGCUGCAGGAAGUAAGACAUGGGAUGGAAACUGUCCUACAAAGGCUCAAAAACGCCAAGGAAGACUCUGAGAGGGUGAUUUAUCUGUUGUUCCUGAAAAGUGCUCUGCUCCCAGGAUCCAUCCCCACUUUCCUGCAUUAUGCAGAGGUGGGCUCUGCAACAGUCUCAGCUAUAGCACUGUCUGCACUACAGAGGUACCCUGCACAGCACAUCUCAAGCAAGGUUAAAAUGGCAAUGAAACGCAUUUUCCAUGAAGUUCGGAGACGCUAUCAAAAAAUUUCAAGACUGGGUGCUGCAGAAAUCCUAUUGGACAAUGAUCCCUUGCCAAUGGACUUUGCCAAUAUCCUGUUAGCCACCAGAGAACUUGAACCAGAAAUGUCACGAUUUCUACUGUCAAAAAUUCAAAGCAUUGUACACUCCCAUCAUCAUCCAACCAGGCAGGUCAUUCAAGAUGUUCUGAAAGAUCCACAGUUAAAUAAUUACUACUUCCUCUCUUCUGAAGUUGGCAGCUCCAUCUCCUUCUCAGGACCACUAGCAGUUACCAAUGACACACUCUCUUCCUUUGGCCUGGAUCUGCUGUUCUCAGAGUUUGGCCUCCUGAGGAAGAGCAUAAGCACUUUCAGUAUCGUAAGUCAUGGCCACCAACUCCAUGCCGCUCAGGUGGCCAUUGAAGCAAAGGGGUUUGAGAACAUCCUGGGAGGUAGCACAACUGAUGGAGAAGAAGAAGAAUUCAUGGCUGGCAUGUCUGCUGUUUUGUUUGAUGUUCCGUUGCGGCCAGUCACUUUCUUCAAAGGAUAUACAGACCUGAUGUCCAAGGUCCUUAUGAGCUCCGGAGAAGCCACAAGCGUGGUCAAAGGGAAUGUGUUACUGAUGGAUCAUCAGCAGGCAAUCCCUCUUCAAUCUGGUUUGCCAACUGUGAUCACUCUUCAAGGAGGACUUGGGUUAGAUGUUUCAGCUGACAUCAAUGUGAAUCUAUGGGAGCAGGAAUUCACAACAAGCAUCAAAACAAGGGGUGCACUGACCAUUGAUUUCCAAGCAGAACUGGAUGCGCCAUUCUUUCAAGCCACGGUCAAAAGCCAAACUGAAGUAGGAAUGGCCACAAAAUUUAAUGUUGCUGCAAGACUUUCUGCCAGUCCCGUGCUCAUGUGUCUGCAGCUUAGAGAGGAAGAUGUCUCUUACAGAGAAAUCUUCUUGGUCUCAGAAUCCUCUGCAAACCAUAGCACUACUGUCCGCAAAGGGAGAUGGAUCACCAUCCCAGGACGUGAACUUCCCUUUCACAGAGCCAACUCUGAAAUGUGCAAAAUCCUGCAUGCAGAGACAAUGGAACAAUAAAAGUAGCAUCAAUAUGUCA